AUGCCGAUGUCGUCUGACGAGCGAGAGACAACGUCGACGAACGAUGUGAGCGAGACGGAUUUUAAGGGAGGGAGAUUUCGAAUUGGGGAAAUGAGGGAAUUCAGCAGUAGGACGGCACAACAGGAUUCGCAGCGGCGGUCGAGCAAAUUGACAGCUUUCGCGCCCUUGCUCUCUGAUUCACGCGCCGUGCUGAGUCGAGAUGCAAACGAGCAGCAGAAAAAGCACAGCAGGAUCCGAAAUUGCUUGAGGCCCGAAAUUCGACACUGGCAGGACGCUGAAAAGGCCACAUCGAUCCGAGGCGGCAUGUCUGUGGUUGAAAAAAUUUGA